AAUGGGCAAGAUUGAAUGGUCAAUGUGGGCAAAUGAACAAGCAUUAGUUAGUGCUGCAGCUACUCUUCUUGGAGGAAUAGUUGCUGUGGCUGCCAUGUUCGACCGCUGGCAGUUUGGUGUUUAUGGAAUAGUGGCUGCAUUGUUUGUGUUUAUUAUUGAAUUUCCAAGAGGAAAACGACAGUCAGGAAAAACUAUUGAAAGAAGAUUUCAGAAAAUAUUUACUCAUAUAGUAAAGCUGGGAGGAAUUGUAACAAGAAAUUAUUUUGUCCGAUUUGUCUUGUAUUUAAUUUUAACAGUCCCAUGUUGUUUUAUUCUGCCUACAUUAAUCGGAGGAGUGUGUUUUCUCAUUACCGGAAUUAUAUAUUUUGUGGCUGCUAUUAAAGGUGAAGAAUGGAUUCCAGCUGGUUUGGAUGAGCCAUCCCACGAAGGACCAACAGUUAUGCACCCGCCCCGACAUCCUCCGCCGAGGAGAGCUAGCCCUAGUACCAGCAGACAAAACAGAGUCUGAUGAUGACCUGUCAGAAAUUGUUGAUCAACUCUAAUGUCAACACUGACCCAUCAGCAACUGAAAGUGACCUGUUAGUUGAUAAACUCAAAUGUCAACACUGACCCAUCAGCAACUGAAAGUGACCUGUUAGUUGAUAAAUUCAAAUACUGACCCAUCAGCAACUGAAAGUGACAUGUUACUUGAUCAACUCAAAUACUGACCUGUCAGCAACUGAAAGUGACCUGUUAGUUGAUAAACUCAAAUACUGACCUGUCAGCAAUUGAAAGUGACCUGUUAGUUGAUAAACUCAAAUACUGACCUGUCAGCAACUGAAAGUGACCUGUUAGUUGAUAAAGUCAAAUACUGACCUGUCAGCAACUGAAAGUGACCUGUUAGUUGAUAAACUCAAAUGUCAACAUUGACCCAUCAGCAUUUGAAAGUAACCUGUUGAUGAGGUUAUAUAUCAACAUCAAAAUUCUUCCUAUAUACAAAAGUACAAAGAAUGUGUACUACAAGGCUGUGAUUGACAUUACAUGUAGUCAGAAAGACAUGAAAUAUUCUAGCUGAUGAUGCCCCUUUAACUGGGCUCACACUGGAACAUUUCAAUUUAGCCGGUUUUCAGAAAUUUCUUGAAAAUAAUUAAAAUGUGGUUAAUUUGAGGAAUAUUUUAUUAGCCAAAGUCUAAAUUAUGUAGCCAUUUUUAUAAAACUGAGCAGUUGGCUAAUUUGGCAGUGUACAGGCUGAGUCCUGCUUUAACAGCUGUUCGUGGUUAGGUCAGGCCUCUGAAAAUUGUGAGAGCAAUAGUGUAGCUUGUGCGUCGCUUGUGUAAGUAUAGUUUGCAUAACCCAUUUAUCAUUCGUGCAUUCAAUUUAUGAUAUCCUUUACAUGUUCAUGAUGGGUUACGUAAAAACGAAAUGGGUUACCUGAAAUUAGUUUUUGCGUCACCUAUAAAUGGUUUACGCAAAUUUUCAGUUCUCAGAGGCCUGUGGGUACUCAUCUGGCAUGACAGGGAGGAACUGCCCGUGACAUAGCAGUUAAGCCAUCAGCUUUAAGGCUAGUUAGGUCAGGUGGGGUGGGGUGGGUUCGAGAAAGUUCCGUUUUUGUCUAUCUGGAGAAGAUCUUAUAUUACUGAUUUAAAAAAAAAAAAAAAAAAAAAUUCCUGCAUCCUAGGUUGUUUUUUCAGGCUAGGUAGGUGCUGGAUUCACUUCCUAGUAUUGAGACUAUCCAAUCUUAGCUUGGGCACUGUACCAAAUUCUCUAGUCACACUUCAUGACCAACAUUACCUUCUGUCACAGAUAAUUUUCAAAAACCAAAGUUCUAUCUAUUCUAUUACAAAUUUAACCAGCAUUCUGAGAGUACGGCUAAAGCAAUAUACUGGGCCCAACAAAUUUUCAUAUAAUUAUGUUCAAGGGCCAUAACUGUGAAAAAUUAGAAAAUCACUAUGAAAGUUAAACUUGAUAUGCAACAGUUGAAACUAUAUACAAAAUUUCAUCUCAAUAUUUUCAGGUAUUGUAAACUCAAAGGUCAAGAAAACAAUUGUUCAUAUCUCCUAAGUGUCAAGGGCCACGAAAUGGGUAAAUUGCCAUGAAAGUCAUACUUGAUCUGGAAAGGAACAUGAUAAAGUUAAAAAGAAAAUAUCAGCUCAAUAUCUUGAGGGUAUUGUUGAAUUUUUCUUUUUUCAUAUCGCCUAAGUUCAAGGGCCAUCACUGUGUCAAAAAUGGGUAAAUCGCCAUGAAAAUCAA